AACAAUUUGACAAGACUCGGUAUCGGUGGUGAAUACAAGAUCCAAGUAGGUGCUGUUGGCGUUCGGCAAAUCGCAAAUUUGCAUCAGUGCAGCUGACAGCAAACCAUCAACAAUGGCAGCUUCACUCUGAGGAGUAAUUCGAUCAGUUUGGCAGGUUGAAAUCCCCACAAACGACGACCGUAUCAUUCGGACCAGCGGCUUCAACCAUAGACUCAACAAAAAACGACGAACGAAUCGUAACGACGAGUGUUAGAGCUCGGGCAAACUCCGUGCUGGCGAUUCGACGAUGGAUGGCAACAAGUGCACCACCACCAGUUAGUUUGUCACUGUUGACCGAACUUCGAUCGCAGCGGUAAACGGAAAAACAAGCGGGAAACAACAUACCAUCCUGUACGUCAGAGUCCAAAUUGGUGCUAUGUGUGUUCCUCGAGAGAUACCGUGAACUGCCUCAUCCCCGAUAUCAACAUCAUGAUGCGUGAAUGUACCGGGCAGACUAAUAAUUUUACUUGUUUCUCGCGGAUUGUCAACCGUGAAGUCGAACGAGGUUGCCUAUCUGCAUUGAGCCUCGAAGAUCAUGCUAACUGUAAUAGCGUCAACAACUGUGAACUUUGCUUCGACAAUGUAACUCAAGGCCGAUGCAACGGAGCGAUUUUUCCAGAGCACCGACUCUAUUGUCACCAGUGCACUGGGAAUGUCAACGAUACCUGUGGCCAGGAAAUUUCGACUGCUGCUCAACUUUGUCGCCUGUACGAUCCGGAAGAUCAGUGCUAUGUGAGCGUAACGGGAGACUUGGUACAGCGUGGCUGUGUGUCCGAGAGCGACUUCUGCCGGGUCGGUCAAACGUGCCACACUUGUGACGGGAAUGGUUGCAACUUCAAGCAUUACGAAAAUGGUGCCGCAAGUGUUGUAAUCUAUCUGCAAACCCUAGCGAUGGCUUUACUGGCCGUGUUGGCCCGCAGCAACUUUAGGCAGUAGCACGAGCGAAAAUAAACUCAACAUUAGGCGUUUUGCGCCGCUUACAAUAUAUCGUAACAUCAUUUGAUUCAUCUUGAUCAACCCAAGUCGCUGUUUUGCAAUGUACCGCCCGUCGAUUGUCGAGAAUAGAUACUGUGGCGCGUGAAAGCACUAACGUUGUGGUGUUAAAUGUGUUUAGAAUAAAACUUGCCAUUUGCCAGUUCGAAUAAACUUUGAUGGCGUAUGAA